AGAUGUUAGGUGAGAAAAACUUGCAAAUAAAAUUACUACUUUAAGAUAUGAACGGUAAAAUGUAGAAAUGGGAGUAAGUGGAGGGGGUGGAAUGCAAAAUAAUUAUUGUAGGGUAAACCCGAUUAUAAAUUCUACUCUCUCUUGUUGUUCGUUUGUCAGACUACCACCGCAGCCGUCAGACAUGGCUACUGCUUUUUCGUGCAAGUUCAAAAAAAUCUGGCCUCCCGAUUUGGGUAAAUCAUCGGGUGUUGAAGAACGAUCGUUGACUGCUCAUCGGAUUUCGGAAGACCCAUCUCGUUUCAGGUCUAGAGACGUAGUUGAAGUUAGAGGUGCACAAAUCGGGUUUAGGAUGCUAAAACAGGUGCCAACUUAUUCUUCUUUGAAGGACAUGACGCACCUGUUAGUUCUAUAUGUCCGCAUAGCAAGGAUAACAUUCAGUAUAUCUUUUCAACGGCUAUCAAUAGAAAGAUCAAGGCAUGGUUACAUGUUGAUCGAGUUUCAAAAAUUGAUUAUGAAACCAAUGGUUAUGUCUGGACGAAAUGGCAUACAAUACCGAUGGGUCAUGUAACGCUUCACAUUUCUGUAUAAUCCAUAUUUAGACGAAAUGGCAUACAAUACCGAUGUGUCAUGUAACGCUUCACAUUUCUGUAUAAUCCAUAUUUCGUCGAAAUGGCAUACAAUAAUGAUGGGUCAUGUAACGCUUAGCAUUUCUGUAUAAUCCGUAUUUAGACGAAAUGGCAUACAAUACUGAUGGGUCAUGUAAUGCUUAGCAUUUCUGUAUAAUCCAUAUUUAGACGAAAUGGCAUACAAUACUGUUGAUACA